AUGCCUCGUCCGGGGAAGAACUCUUACAGCGACCAGAAGCCUCCAUAUUCCUACAUAUCCCUGACAGCGAUGGCUAUCCAGAACUCAUCCGAAAAGAUGCUGCCUCUGAGUGACAUUUAUAAGUUCAUCAUGGACCGGUUUCCGUAUUACCGGGAGAAUACCCAACGAUGGCAGAAUUCCCUGCGACACAACCUCUCUUUUAACGACUGUUUCAUCAAGAUCCCUCGACGGCCUGAUCAGCCUGGGAAAGGCAGCUUUUGGGCUCUGCACCCGGACUGCGGGGACAUGUUUGAGAACGGCAGCUUCCUGAGGAGACGGAAACGCUUCAAGGUGCUGCGAGCUGAGCACAUGGCCUGCAAGAGCUCUCCGAUGAUGCAUUACUUCCACCACCACCACCACCACCACCCGGUUAGCAAGCUGGGCACAGCAUCCGGCCACCAAGACCAGUCAGCCGGCCCUGCAAGCGCCGUGGCUCGGCUCCCUCCCUUCCAGGGUUACGGGGGCAUUUGCUCACAGUCCGGCGGGUUUAAACACCCAUUUGCCAUCGAGAAUAUCAUAGGACGGGACUACAAGGGUGUGAUGGCCAGCGGGCUCCCACUCACCUCCGUCAUGCACCACCUGGGUUACCCGGUGACCUCGCAGCUCAGCAGCGUGGUCAACUCCAUGUGGCCUCACGUCGGGAUGCUGUCGGAGUCCAUGGGUGGCGUGCACGUCCCCGCGUCAUCCGAGUACGCGCCUUUCGGGGUGUCAGCAAAGGGCCUGUACCACAGUGCCAAUGGGCAAACCCUGCCAAUCAAACCGACCCCAUCUCUGGGUUCUGUGCCCAGUUUGGCUGGGCUUCAGUCCGGCCCGGCCCAGCUCUGCUCACCGGUGUCACUGAUGGAGAAGAGCGAUCUGCUGGAGGGGAAAGGCAACCCUCUACACCCGGCUCUCCUGCUGUCCUAACCGGGGUAAUUUUUUGAAAAGUAACGCAAA